AUGGAGGAGGGAACUGCGAAGUAUGCCGAUCGACCCUUUGUCCUGCCUUUGCUAGAUCCGACCGUCAUUCUUCCAAGUAAUGUGAUCGACGAGGUAAAGUCUCUCCCCGAGACCCGAGUCUCGAUCGAUGCCAACAACAAACGGCGUUUUUUCGGUCAAUACACCCUGAUGGGGACCAAAUCCCCCGAAUUACUAUCUGCCAUCAAACAGGACCUCCACCGGAACGUGAGCAAUCUCUUGACUGAGAUGAUGGAAGAGAUUCGAGUGACUACGGACUCACUGAUCUCAUUAACUUCCGAAUCGCCGGUCAAGAGUCUCUUGGUAUAUGAGAGCAUGCUUAGAUAUAUUACGCUUGUUACUGGGCGCAUCAUCGUGGGUUUACCAUUGAGCCGCAACGAAGCAUGGGUCGGCUCUGCAAUCAACUACGCGGUCGAGAGCAUGAAGGCAGGGCACCAACUUCGAACAUAUCCUGUUGCUCUGAGACCUUGGGUAGCCCCAUUUCUAUCUGCCGUGAGGCGGCUCAAAGACCACCAGUCUAAAAUCAUGACAAUAUUACAUGAAACUGUGCUCCAGGAGCGGUUGAGUCCGGCCAAUUCAACCAAAGUUGACGAAACGCAAGGCCGGUUGGCAUCCUGGCUGAUUCAACACUACCGUCCCAUGUCCAACAAGGAUGUUUCCGAGUGGAAUCUGUGUAAAGACCAUAUCCUCGCCCUGUUUGCUGGGAUUCACAUCGCAACAAAUGCUGUCACGCAGGUUCUUCUCGAUCUCGCGGCCCGACCAGAAUACCAACAACAGCUCCUUGAAGAAAUUGAUUCAGCGACUAGCGAAUCUGAAAACAAUACGCUUUCUUUGGGAAUGAUCGCCAAGAUGUCCAAGCUAGAUAGUUUUAUCCAAGAAUCCCUUCGGGUGAAUCCUCCCGGAGGAGUUGUGACUCUUAUGCGAGAGACUACGGCACCAUUCCGGCCUUCAUGUGGCCCUCUCAUACCCAAAGGCACACUGAUCGCCUUUUCGAACAACCGCUUUGACAUGGCUACGCGUACAAAGGCAGACGUUGACCACUUCGAUGCAUUUCGUUUCGAUCGAGAGCGUAGCAGCGGGGGUUCCAAGCAUCACCUCUUGACACCAAGUCCAGAUUCCUUGACUUGGGGGUACGGAAUCCAUGCCUGCCCAGGCCGAUCAUUUGCUGCCACUGAAAUCAAAGUUAUCGUCAUCCAUCUCUUGACGCACUUUCAUUUACGCUUGAAGGGAGGAAAAGAAAGGCCACCAAAUCAAUCCUUUGAUUUUCAGAUUAUGCCUGACAUGAGUGCAGAGAUUGAGUUCUCGUCGAGAACCAACCUAGGCAAUCAUUGA